GUGCGCCUGGUGAACGGCACCGACGCUCGCUCGGGGCGGUUGGAGGUGCUUCGCAACGCCGCCUGGGGCACGGUGUGCGAGGACGGGUUUGAUAGUGUGGAUGCCACGGUGGCGUGCCGCCAGCUGGGGCUGGGCACGUCGGGGGCGGCGGUGGGGGGCGCGCGCUACGGGCGGGGAAAGGGCGCCAUACUGCUGGACGAGGUCGGCUGCACAGGGGAGGAGGCGGCGCUGGAGCUCUGCCCCAGCCAGGGCUGGGGCAGGCACGACUGCACGCACGCGCAGGAUGUCGGGGUGGAGUGCGACGAUGCGCUGCCCGGGGAAGUCACGGUGCGGCUGGUGAACGGCGACAACAACCUGCGGUCUGGGCGGGUGGAGGUGCUUCGCAACGGGGUGUGGGGCACGGUGUGUGACGACGACUUCACGGACGCGGCGGCGGGGGUGGUGUGCCAGCAGCUGGGGCUGGGCAGCUCGGGCACCGCGGUGGGGCGCGCUGCCUUUGGGCCGGGCUCCGGCCCCAUCUGGCUGGACGGCGUGCGGUGCACCGGGGCAGAGGUACGGCUGCAGGGCUGCCCCCACGGCCCCUGGAACGCCAGCGACUGCAGCCACGAGGAGGAUGUGGGGGUGAGGUGCUACGGGGAGACGGGGGAGCGCGAGCUGCUGCCGCAAGUCGCCACCGUGCGGCUGGUCAGUGGCACCAACACCAAUGCCACCUCGGGCCGGCUGGAGGUGCUCAACAAGGGGGUGUGGGGCACGGUCUGCGACGACGGCUUCGGCCCCGCAGAGGCCACCACCGUGUGCCGCCAGCUGCUGCACCGCCGCAACGUCAGCGGCGUCGUGCGCCCCGGCGCCUUCUUCGGCCCCGGCGCCGGCCAGAUCUGGCUGGAUGAUGUGCGCUGCCCCGCAUCCGUGCGGGACGGCGCAGACCCUCGGCUGGAGCUGUGCUCUCACUCCGACUGGGGACAGGUGGACUGCACACACAACGAGGACGUGUCAGUCACCUGCGGGGACAACCCAAGGGCGCCAGCCACGGUGCGGCUCAGGGGCGGCCCCAGCUCUCGGGUGGGGCGCCUCGAGGUGCUGCACGCUGACGAGUGGGGCAGCGUGUGUGAGGCUGGGUUCGAGCCCGUGGACGCGGGGGUGGCCUGCCAGCAGAUGGGGCUGGGCCCGUUUGGCCUGGUACUGCCGGGGGGCACGUACAGCGGUACCGGCACGCCCCCAGCCCGCGUCUGGCUGGACGGCGUGACCUGCACGGGGGCCGAGGCUCGCCUGGAGCUAUGCCCCAGCCGCGGCUGGGGCGCUGUCAGCUGCACCAGCGAGCGGGCGGUGGCCAUCAACUGCACCGCCGCCGCCACCUCGGCCACGCUGCGCUUGGUGGGCGGCGCGGCCCCCACGGUGGGGCGGCUGGAGGUGCUGAACGACGGGGUGUGGGGCACGGUGUGUGAUGACGGCUUUGGCCAGACAGAGGCGACGGUGGCGUGCCAGCAGCUGCAGCUGGGCACCUGGGGCAUCGCCGCCCCCAACACCCAGGCGGUGUCCGAGGCGCGGGGCACGAUCUGGCUGGACGAUGUGGUGUGCCGGGGUACCGAGACGCGGCUGGAGGAGUGCUCGCACAGGCCCUGGGGGGAGACCAACUGCCAGCACAGCGAGGACAUCACCAUCCAGUGC